AUGAAAACCAUCGACGACACCGCCCGCGAAACCGCCCAAGAAAUGGGCUACAAAGAGCCCGCGUCCACGACCGACAGCUCGAAUGGGAACUCAAUGAUGACCCCCCAGAACUCACUUAAUGAUAUGGCGCAAUCGGGUGUCAAGGAGAUGAAGAAUAUGCUUGAUGGGGUGGCGUCGGCGCCGGCGCCGGGGGAUUUCUUGAAUAGUACGUGGGAGCAUGUAAGGUCGUUGAUGGGUGGGGGUGGUGGUGGUGAUGGGGAGGAUAAUGGGAAUGGGGAGGAUGGUGUCGUUGAGCCGGCAGAUGCGGAUGAGAUUCGGUGUAUUGAGAAUUUGGAGAGGGAGAAGAUUAUUCAGUUUUUGCAGGAGAGGCAUAUGAGUAUGAAUAAUAUGGGGAGGGGGAAGAAGGUAUAA